CUUAGAGAUGAAAGACACGGCUUCUUCCGGCUCCGGUUCCUCAGAUGGUGGUGUCUCUGCAUUCGAAGCGCGGAUGGCAGCUUGGGAAGCUGAGAACACGGGCGAGCAGGAUGAUUUCGUGGCUUUCUUCCCAACUGCAGACGGCAGUCCGCACCAGGCGGCAGAGGCCACCCUCCGGCAACAUCGAGAGACUUGGCAGCUGAUCUCCGACCGCUGGGCUCGGGAGGAAGAGCGGGAGGCUUUGGCAGCCAUGGAAACCACCAUCCGUUCGGCUGCCAGAAACCUGGGAGCCGAGCUGCUCGAUGACUACGGCGAGCUGUUGCGCUGCCCUGCGAAGGUUCCACGAAGUGGACCGGGUCAUUUGCUCAUAGGCAGCGAGGAAGAUGCAGGCAACGAAGAGCUUCUGUUGUCCAGCGGCAUCACGGCUGUUCUUAACUGCACAGAAGAACCGCCGAUGAGGCGCUGCCAGGAAAUGUACAGCAAGAUCGGCAUCCGCUGGCACCAUGUGCCGAUGCACGACGACCUCUCAGAGGACCUCCUGGUGGCCCUGAAAGCCGCUCGCCCUUGGCUGGCUGAAGCCUUGUCUUCCGAAGACACGGUCCUCGUCCACUGCUUCGUUGGCGGAAAUCGAUCGGUGGGGGUGGCCCUUGGCUACAUGCUUUUGGAUGAGGGCCAUGAGCUGCUCGGAGCUCUGGAAGCCGUGGCGGGAGCGCGAGGCCGGUUUACAGUCAAGUAUAUUGCAUAG